CUUCGUGAUAAGCAUCAUAAGUUGAAAAUGACGAGAAGUUACGCGAACGUUGUGUCGUCGAAAUACCUUCAUCGUCUGCAAGGCUCGAGUGAGAGCAGCGGCAAGUCGGAUUCAUCCGGUGUAGUGGAAUCGGAACAUGCCACCUGUUCGUCGGAUUCCGUUUGGGAUUCUUUUGUGAUACCAUCCGCCAUGAAGAAUUCCACGUCGGCUGCUUCCUCACCGUCGUCGGGCUAUUGUACACCGAAUUCGUCAUUAAGUCAAGGUCAGUCGGCUCUUUUAGCCUUUCACUUUGUACAUUCGCUUUCUAUAAACUCAUUCUGCAAAUGA